AUGGCCAUGACGAGCGUCAAGGAAGCUGUCAAAGAGUCCUUGGUCGGCACCACCGUCGACGAGCACACUCUCUCCAAGCAGGUCAAGGCCGAUUUCCUGAAGCACGCCCGCAAGGAUGAGGCUACUGGUGAGCUGUACAUGACCGAGGCGGACUUUGUCGACGCGAUUGCCCCAAAGCACGAAGACUACCACAAAAUCAAGCGAGAACACUACGGAAUCCUCUUCAGAGUCGCAGAUAGCCGCCGGUCCGGCCGAAUCAACAUCCACGAAUGGGCUACCUUCGAGAACCUGCUUGCGAAACCGGACGCCGAGUACGAGAUUGCCUUCCGGCUCUUCGACACCGACGGGACAGGCACGGUCAAGUGGGAGACCUUCCAGAAGCUGUACAACGAGAACAAGAGCAAGGAGAGCAUACCUUUUGACUGGAACAGCGAGUGGGCGGCCCUGUACACAGGCAAGAAGAAGACCCGGCAUGACAUGACCUACCCGCAGUUCGCGCAGAUGCUGCGAGGCCUGCAGGGCGAGCGCAUCCGACAGGCCUUCCACGUGUUCGACAAGGACGGCGACGGGUACAUCGCGCCGGAGGAUUUCCAGCGUAUCAUCCUCGAGACCUCGAAGCACAAGCUGUCGGACUAUGUCCUGGAGCACCUCCCGAGCCUGUGCAACAUCUCCGCCGGCACGAAGAUCUCGUACGCUACCGUGCGUGCGUUCCAGAAUGUCAUGCGGGAGAUGGACAUGAUUGAUUUGAUCAUCCGCGAGGCGACGGAUAAGAGCGACGAUGGGAAGAUUACGCGCUCGGAUUUCCUGAAUGCCGCGGCGCGGGUGACGCGCUUCUCGCUGUUUACGCCGAUGGAGGCGGAUAUCCUCUUCCACUUUGCGGGUCUUGAUGCGCCGUCUGGUCGGCUUUCGCAGAAGGAUUUCUCAAAGGUCAUUGAUGCCUCGUGGCGCAUUCCUGUUGCUGCUGCGGAGCAGGCUAUCUCGACUGCGUCAGGUGCUGCGCACAAGGCUGCCGAUGCGGGAAAGUCUGUUCUCCAUGGUGUUCUCGAAUCUGUCCACCACUUCGCUCUGGGAAGUUUGGCGGGUGCGUUUGGCGCGUUCAUGGUUUACCCCAUUGAUCUUGUCAAGACGCGCAUGCAGAACCAGCGGUCCAACCGUGUCGGUGAGAGACUGUACAACAACUCGAUCGACUGCGCGCGCAAGGUUAUCCGCAACGAGGGUUUCACCGGUCUCUACUCCGGCGUUAUCCCCCAGCUGAUCGGUGUUGCUCCGGAGAAGGCGAUCAAGCUUACCGUUAACGACCUCGUCCGCGGAUACUUCACCGGCAAGCAGAACGGCAAGAUCAAGACCUGGCAGGAGGUUCUUGCUGGUGGUACGGCCGGUGCUUGCCAAGUCGUAUUCACCAACCCACUUGAGAUCGUCAAGAUCCGCCUGCAGGUGCAGGGCGAAAUCGCCAAGAACGUCGGCGUCGAAGCCGCCCCCCGUCGCUCCGCCCUCUGGAUUGUCAAGAACCUCGGUCUCGUCGGCCUCUACAAGGGCGCCAGCGCCUGUCUCCUCCGCGACGUCCCAUUCUCCGCCAUCUACUUCCCCACCUACUCGCACCUGAAAACCGACUUCUUCGGCGAAACCCGCACCCACAAGCUCGGCGUCCUGCAGCUCCUGACCGCCGGUGCCAUCGCCGGUAUGCCCGCCGCGUACCUGACGACCCCCUGCGACGUCAUCAAGACCCGUCUCCAGGUUGAGGCCCGCAAGGGCGAGAAGGCAUACGCCGGUCUCCGCCACGCCGCCGUAACAAUCUUCCGCGACGAGGGCUUCAAGGCGUUCUUCAAGGGUGGACCCGCGCGUAUUCUCCGUUCUUCCCCGCAGUUCGGUUUCACACUUGCUGCGUACGAGGUUCUGCAGAAGUGGCUGCCCAUGCCUGGGACUGACCACGAGGUCUCGCCAACGGGCCAGGUUGAGCCUGGUGUUGGCGUGCCUGUUGCCAAGGAGCCUCUGCCUUAUCUGAGGUCUAGGAACGCGCUCAAGCUCAUCCUGGAUCUGGAUGAGAACAUCGGCCGGGGCUCUAUUCCGGAUGCCGAGCGGUGGCCGAAGUUCAUGAAGCCCUCUGCGAGCCAAUAG